AUGGCAACCCUUGACGUUCCCUCGACUAAAGGCAGCGCCGCUGCUGCCGAGCCAACCGACACAGCUGAGCUUUUACGCUCGAUCGUUACAGCCCAUCCGUCUACGAUUUCAUUUCUACAAUCAUCGCCAAAUGUGCAAGCAACUCGGUCGGUUCUUGUUCUCAAGCCGGAACACUUGCCUAACAGCCUCAUGGGCGCUACCCUAGCUGCCUCAGACGCAGUUGCUGAGCCCUAUGUCUUCAAGGACGACAAUAAAGGCGCACUCUUGGCCUUUUACUACCUUGGACGCCGCCUUGCGGGACACGUGGGCAUCGUUCACGGCGGUAUCACUGCUGCACUUCUCGAUGAAUGCAUGGGAAGAGCCACGUUCGGUCGACUGCCGGGGAAGAUUGCUGUGACGGCAAAGCUUGAGAUCGAGUAUAAGGACCCGAUCUCGCUAGAUAGCGUCAUUAUAGUCCGGGCCGAUACGAUAGAGGUUCAAGGACGAAAGGCAUGGGUCGAGGCCAAAGUGCAGGAUGCGGUGGAUGGUCGAAUUGUUGCGUUGGCAAAGGGCCUGUUUAUCCAACCCAAAUGGGCCGACGAUUUAGUGCAGCUCAUGUAA